UCAGUUGCUUUUCGAAUGCAGUCGUGAUUUGUUGUUCGUGGAGUUAUUGACUGAGUCACUUUGGUGAAAAUUUUUAUGUUCUCGUUGUUGUGAAGUUAAUUUUGCUCAUCCUUUUGUUAUCUCUUGUGUGGACUUCCAUUCCACUCCAACGCAAAACAAUUUUCCAUAUUUUCACUUUCAUAUUCAAUUUAAAAUUUGUGUUAUCUGAAGUUUUAAUUUUGAAAACUCGAAAAACUUUAAUUAAAAAACAUCAUAAUCCAACAAUACAAAAGAAAAGAGAAAAAAUUGAGAAAAGAAAGAAAGAAAGAAAAUUUAGUUUUAUUUUAUUAUUAUUCUGCCUGCGCUUGAUUUCACUCAUUCACUGUGCAUAUAAUUAACUAAGUACCGAGGAGUAGGAAAAAACGCAAGUUUCCAACUGAAAAUGUCAGACACCAAGAGCUUUUCGAGUAUAGAAACCCCUGGAUAUGUGGGAUUUGCCAACCUGCCCAAUCAGGUUCACAGAAAAUCUGUGAAAAAAGGUUUCGAGUUCACUCUGAUGGUUGUGGGCGAGUCUGGUUUGGGCAAGUCAACUCUAGUAAACAGUCUGUUUCUGACAGAUUUGUAUCCAGAAAGAAUAAUUCCUGACGCUGUUGAAAAACAAAAGCAAACCGUAAAACUUGAAGCGUCGACUGUUGAAAUAGAAGAACGUGGUGUAAAGCUUCGUUUAACAGUCGUCGAUACACCAGGAUUCGGUGAUGCCAUAGACAACUCAGAUAGUUUUAGUGCAAUACUAGAAUACAUCGAUGAGCAAUACGAACGUUUCUUACGUGAUGAAAGUGGUUUAAACCGUCGUAAUAUAGUUGACAAUCGUAUACAUUGCUGUUUUUAUUUUAUAUCACCUUUUGGUCAUGGACUUAAACCUCUGGAUGUAGAAUUCAUGAAAAAACUUCAUUCAAAAGUUAAUAUAGUGCCUGUUAUUGCUAAAGCCGAUUGCCUCACAAAAAAGGAAAUUCUUCGCUUGAAAUGCCGCAUCCUUGCGGAAAUAGAAGAACAUGGAAUUAAAAUUUACCCACUGCCUGACUGUGAUAGCGACGAAGAUGAAGAUUACAAAGAACAGGUGAAACAAUUGAAAGAAGCUGUUCCGUUUGCAGUGUGUGGUGCCAAUACACUUUUGGAAGUGAAAGGAAAGAAAGUUCGUGGGCGUUUGUAUCCAUGGGGUGUGGUCGAAGUAGAGAAUCCAGAACAUUGUGACUUUAUUAAACUCAGGACAAUGCUUAUAACUCAUAUGCAAGACCUCCAAGAGGUUACUCAGGAAGUACAUUACGAAAACUAUCGCUCUGAACGUUUGGCAAAGGGUAUCAAUAACAAAAAGAAUGGACCAACUAAAGAAAUUGAUCGUGACUCCGUACAAAAUAAUAACAGUCACUCGGACAAAGACCGAAUACUCCUUGAAAAAGAGGCCGAACUAAGACGUAUGCAGGAAAUGCUGGCACAAAUGCAAGCCAAAAUGCAAGCCCAACAAUAAAAGGGAUACAAAUUUCCUCGAAAUGGUGUUUUGCAACCGACUGUGUUGUGUAUUAGUUAUAUCUCUUUUGAAAAUAACUCUCAUUUAGUGCUUAAAUUUCAUUUAGAAUUAAAACAAAAAAGAAGAUAAAAAAACAUACAAAAAAACAAUACAAUAUAAUUAUAUAUUUUUAUAUGACUUUAUAUUUUAAGUUCUCAUGCACUUAUUUCAAGAAAAGAAAUUGAUAAAACUAAUUUUUUCUAUAUUUUUAAGAACAGUAUUUUAUGAUUAUAACAUUUUAAUUUUUUCUUGUUUCCCUUUUUAAUGUUUUAGUCAUCAGCUUGAACGUUGUAAAUAAUUUUUGGAGCAAUUAAUGUUUGGCUUGUGUAAACAAAGAAAAUUGAAGGACAUACAAAAAUCCUAUUUAAAUAACAAUAUUGUAAUCAGUAUAUAUCUACAAACAAAUAUGACGCAAUAUAUUGAAGUUUUUUAAACAUUA